GCGUCCAUUUUGCUUCGCCAUAUUGAAUUUGGUCGGACAUCUUUGGACGCCAUGUUUAGUCGGACAUAUUUUAUAAACAUUUUCGCGUAAUUUUCAAAUAUUUUUGAGCCUAAAUAUCGAACUUUUUUUCACUGAAGUCUGGUGCACAAAGUGUGGUAAAUAUAUCGUGGAAAAACUCUGUGCCUACGCAGCAGCCCAUAUUUGUCUACUGGGGGCCGUGCAGCUUUUGUUAGAAGAUAAAUAAAGGUGGUCAUCAUCAUUGGUGAAGAUGAUGAACCAGGAGAUCAUGUGCGAGGUGGAGGUGGGCACUCACAUGGUGGAGAUCGACGACCACCAGGUUGGGGUCAAGUACGAAGAGAUCGAGGCGUCCCAGUACGAGGAGUACAUAACAGACGACCAGUACGAGGAGGUGGAGGAGCAGGUCAUCGGCAUGCACCAUCUCGAGGAAGUGGGCAGCGAGCAGGUGAUCCUGCCGGGCAUGUCCGAGGAGGCGCUGGACAACCCGUACGAGCCCGUGUACCCCGCGCCCGCCACCAGCCGAGGGCGUGGCAGGCCUCGAGGCUCUACCAAUAAUAGCACCAGUAGCAUACAGCAUCUAAUGCCAAUCGGCGAAGUCCCAAUGGGCGUGAUGGAGGGCAUAGGCGGCGGGCGCGCGGCGGCGCGGCGCUGGGAGCAGAAGCAGGUGCAGAUCAAGACCAUGGAGGGAGAGUUCAGCGUCACCAUGUGGGCCACGGGUGACGAUACAGUUGUUUCAGACGACGGAUCGAACCCGGAACCUGAUCCCGACUACACGGAGUACAUGACCGGCAAGAAGAACAUACUGUCCGGGGACGCUAUGCCCGGUCUAGACCUGUCCGACCCGAAGCAGUUAGCGGAGUUCGCGCGGCCGGGCCACAAGAUCCGGCUCAAGAAGCCCUCCCCGGAGUCCUCGGACAGAACUAUCGGUAAUUCGCACUCGUGCCCACACAAGGGCUGCACCAAGAUGUUCCGCGACAACUCGGCCAUGCGCAAGCACCUGCACACGCACGGGCCGCGCGUGCACGUGUGCGCCGAGUGCGGCAAAGCCUUUGUGGAGAGCUCGAAGCUGAAGCGCCAUCAGCUGGUGCACACCGGGGAGAAGCCGUUCCAGUGCACCUUCGAGGGCUGCGGCAAGCGCUUCUCACUGGACUUCAACCUCAGGACGCACGUGCGUAUCCACACCGGUGACCGGCCCUACGUGUGUCCGUUCGACGGCUGCAACAAGAAGUUCGCGCAGAGCACCAACCUCAAGUCGCACAUACUCACACACGCCAAGGCCAAAUCAAGAAACUCGCUAUCCCGAAACGGUGGGGGAAACUACGAGUCUGCCCGAACCACCCCCCAGUUCGUGCAACUAGAGAUGUCACCAGACGACUCCAACCCACAACUAAUCUUCUACACGCACGAGUGAACUUAAAGUAGUCAAAUUAAGUGAUAUUUUCUACGCAAAAAAACGACUGUAAAGUUGGUUUAUAAGUGACAGUGUAUCUAGUGAUCUAGUGUAUUCUACUGACCAUAGUGCCCUAUUAAGAAUCUUCGGUGUGGAGUUAAGGAUUGAUUAUAGUGAAUGGUGAAACGACGAGUUAUAGUGGUGAUAAAAUUGCGAAUAUAGUGAAAGUGAAAUGCGGAUUUGUUGGUUUGAGUUAGCAAAUGUUGUUUGUUAGUAAGUCGAAAUGGAUUGCGUUGAUCAUGAAAUGUUCAGUCUUUAGGGUUGAUUGUGUCAGUAAAUCAGUCUAGCUAUUCUGUUAAAUGUUAUCUUACCAUAUUUCAAGGCAUAUAAUAAUCAAAUACAUUUAUACAGCGCCAUAAAUGUUAAUAGAAAAACUUUUCACAAACUAGAUUUUUAAUUAACAGAAUAGCUAGACAUUUUGAUAGUACUGCAAUACAAAAUACAUAGUUAGAGGUCUUUCUCAGAAGCAGGAUACAAAGUCAGUGUUUUAGCAUAAGAAGUUACCUAUUUGUACAUAAUAUUUGUAUGUACUUCUUGGACUAUUAGGGUAAAAUUCAUACCUACAGAUUAUACACCCGUUUCAUUAUUACCACCAAAAACAUCAUCUUUGCUGAUGUCUCACUAAAAUAAAAUUUAAAUGUGCUGAUAACUUGCAUAACUAAUUAUUCUUUUCAUAGCUCAUAACAGCUAGAACAAAUAAUAAUAAUUUCGUAUUGAAUCUUAUACUUUUCAAAGUUUUUAAGGAAAUAUAGCCAUUGUGGUGCAUUUUUGGUGGUUUCAGAGAAUGAGAGGGAUAAAAAUAAGUUAAUCAAAGUUUAUUUUGGUUAAAUAAAAAUGAGAUGAAUGUUUUUUGAUUCAGUUUUAUGUUUUUAGGGAGUUGAUAGUAAUUGUGAAUA